UAUUUUAAGUAGCUGGUGAAAUAUUCUGAGUGAGUUUCUAUAAAAAAUAUAGCAUUUGCAAAUCAAGUUCUAUUAAUAUUAAUAAAAUGGGAAACGCACCAGUCAAAGAAGUAGCGCAGGCAGCUGCUGUAAAGGUCGUUGGAACAACAGAGCAGCCGGCUGAGAAACCUAAGCUUAAGCCAUGCUGUGCUUGCCCAGAAACCAAGAAAGUUCGCGAUGCAUGCAUUGUUGAGCGGGGUGAGGAGAAUUGCACUGAUUUGAUAGAAGCGCAUAAACAAUGUAUGCGAGCUCAAGGAUUCAAUAUAUAAGCAAAACAGCCAAGCUUUUGAUUCGUUUAAAUAUAAAACAAUUGUUAGUAAUUUAUUUUUGCUGUCUGAAUAAGUAUUCUGGAAAUGUCAGCAAAAGUUUACUUGAAUUAGGUGAUUGUCGCUAUUAAAAUACUUUUUAUUUGUUACUA